AUGGCUAGCAACGGCAAAAUGGUGGUAAACGAGCGUUUCGGAGCCGAGAUAGUACACGGUUCCGAAAACUGCUUCAACCAUUCGCUACAACUCUUGGAAGAGCUUGGAUUUCCAAAGGGUGUUCUUCCCUUGAAAGAUCUUGUAGAAUGUGGAAUAGUUAGAGAAACUGGCUUUGUUUGGAUGAAACAAAAGGCACCAAGUGAACAUUUCUUUGAGGGGACAAAGACUCUUGUGAGCUAUGGAGUUGAAGUCACUGCCUAUGUGGAGAAAUUCAAGAUGAAGAAAAUGAGUGGAAUUAAGAGUAAGCAAAUGUUUGUUUGGGUGCCUAUAAGUGAAAUGAGUGUGGAUGGAUUUGAUGGAAAGAAGAUGUAUUUUAAGACUCCUAUGGGGAUUGGUAAGUCUUUUCAUGUUACUUCUUUUAUGAGUGUUGAGGAAAAGGAAAAGUAUAAGAAGUUGCAAUUGAAGGAUAAGGAGGUGGAGAUUAAAGAAAAUUAA